GGGGGCGCGGCGCGGGCGGCCCCUCCCCCUGGCCAGCUCCGGGCGGGCGCCGAGAGCCGGGGGACUUUGCGUGCCCGGGAGGGAGAUGCAGCCGCCGCUUUGGCUCCUUGCAGGUUUCUAGGCAGCAUAAUGCAGGAGCAAGAGGCUGGCUGCCCGUGGUUUUCAGGAUGGCCGAGUGGGACGCUGAUCUGGACCACAUCAUUCCGUCUGCUGUCCUCCCUCCUUUCUGGGCUAAGCUAGUCGUGGGCUUCGCUUCCCUCCUGUGUUUCGCACGCAGCUACGAUGGCGACUUUGUCUUCGACGACUCUGAAGCGAUCGUUAACAAUAAGGACCUCCGAGCAGAAACGCCCCUCGGGGACCUGUGGCGUCAUGACUUCUGGGGCAGCCGGCUGAGCAGCAACACCAGCCACAAGUCCUACCGGCCACUCACCGUGCUGACCUUCAGGGUGAACUACUACCUGUCGGGAGGCUUCCACCCGGCCAGCUUCCACGCGGUCAACAUCCUGCUGCACGGCGGCAUCUCCGUCCUGCUGGUGGACGUCUUCUCCGUGCUCUUCGGGGGCCUGCACUUCACCAGCAAGGGCCGGCGGCUCAACCUGGCCCCCAGGUCGUCCCUGCUGGCCGCCCUGCUGUUCGCCGUGCACCCAGUGCACACCGAGUGUGUUGCUGGUGUUGUCGGCCGCGCAGACCUCCUGGGUGCCCUGUUUUUUCUGUUGUCUUUCCUCGGCUACUGUAAAGCAUUUAGAGAAACUCACAAGGAGGGAACACGUUCCACGUUCUGGGUGCUGCUGAGUAUCCUCCUGGGAGCAGUGGCCAUGCUGUGCAAGGAGCAGGGCAUCACCGUGCUGGGUCUGAAUGCCGUCUUUGACAUCUUGGUGAUGAGCAAGUUAAACGUCCUGGAAAUGGUCCAGAAGGUGCUACACAAGGACAGAUCAUUCGAGAACCCUGGCUUGCUCAGGAAUGGGGGCCUCCUGUUCCGGAUGACUCUCCUGGCCGCGGGGGGAGCGGGCAUGCUCUACGUGCGCUGGAAGAUCAUGGGCACCGGCCCGCCAGCCUUCACCGAGGUGGACAACCCCGCCUCCUUUGCCGACAGCAUGCUGGUCAGGGCCAUAAACUAUAAUUACUACUAUUCAUUGAAUGCCUGGCUGCUGCUGUGCCCCUGGUGGCUGUGUUUUGAUUGGUCAAUGGGCUGCAUCCCCCUCAUUAAGUCAGUCGGUGACUGGAGGGUAAUUGCGUUGGCAGCACUCUGGUUCUGCCUCAUUGGCCUGAUAUGCCAAGCGCUCUGCUCUGAGGACAGCCACAAGAGAAGGAUUCUCUCGCUGGGCCUGGGAUUUCUCAUUAUCCCCUUUCUUCCUGCGAGUAACCUGUUCUUCCGCGUGGGCUUUGUGGUCGCAGAGCGAGUCCUGUACCUGCCCAGCGCUGGGUUCUGCAUGCUGCUGACUUUCGGAUUUGGAGCUCUCAGUAAACAUACGAAGAAAAAGAAACCAAUUGCCGCCCUCGUACUGGGAGUUUUACUGAUAAACACGCUGAGGUGCAUGGUUCGCAGCGGCGAGUGGCGGAGUGAGGAACAGCUUUUUCGCAGCGCCCUGUCCGUGUGUCCGCUCAACGCUAAGGUUCACUACAAUGUUGGCAAAAACCUGGCUGAUAAAGGCAAUCAGACGGCUGCCAUCAGAUACUACCGGGAGGCCGUGAGAUUAAAUCCCAAGUACGUUCAUGCCAUGAAUAAUCUGGGAAAUAUCUUGAAAGAAAGGAAUGAGCUCCAGGAAGCGGAGGAGCUGCUGUCUUUGGCGGUGCAGAUACAGCCAGACUUCGCUGCCGCCUGGAUGAACUUGGGCAUCGUGCAAAACAGCCUAAAGCGCUUCCAAGCCGCCGAGCAAAGUUACCGGACAGCCAUCAAGCACAGGAGGAAAUACCCAGAUUGCUACUACAACCUCGGGCGUUUGUAUGCAGAUCUGAAUCGUCACGUGGAUGCCCUGCACGCGUGGAGAAAUGCUACCGCGCUGAAGCCAGAGCACAGUCUGGCUUGGAACAACAUGAUCAUCCUCCUCGAUAACACAGGUAACUUAGCCCAAGCUGAAGCUGUUGGAAGAGAGGCACUGGAAUUAAUACCCAACGAUCAUUCUCUGAUGUUCUCGUUGGCAAACGUGCUGGGGAAGUCCCAGAAAUACAAGGAAUCUGAAGCUUUAUUCCUCAAAGCAAUUAAAGCUCAUCCAAAUGCUGCAAGUUACCAUGGCAAUUUGGCUGUGCUUUAUCAUCGCUGGGGACAUCUAGACUUGGCCAAAAAACACUAUGAAAUCUCUCUGCGGCUUGACCCGUCAGCGUCAGGAACUAAGGAGAAUUACGGUCUUCUAAGAAGAAAGCUGGAGCAGAUGCAAAAGAGAAACGUCUGAUCCCUUUUCCCUCCUUUUUUUGAGUUGGUGUGUGGGCGGAUGAGGCAUACCAUUUCGUGUUUACGUUUAAUCAUGUAAAAGUCUUACACAUUGUUUGUUUUUUCUCCUAUGAAAACAAAGACAUGCAAAAAGAUUACAGCACCAGCAAUAUACUCUCGAAUGCUUGAUGCAGUUUUGGCACUGAAAUUGUAUUUUUUCAGACAAAUGUAAAUUCUGAAAUUCCAAGAACGAUGUCUUUUUUAAUUAAAAAGAAAAGGAGAAAAAAAAUUCUCUUGCGCGACUUACAGCAGGAUUAAACCUGCAUUUGGGAUGUGAGUCACGUUGCGUGGACUCCUACUAUUAUUGAACAUCGACUGUGAACAAGAAAUGACAAACUGACUCCUAGUUUAUAUAAAUAUCUAAUGUGUCUGUAUAUUAGAAUUUUUAUUUAAUGACAAGAAAGUAAAUUAAGAUCGUUGGUUUUUAAUUUUUUUCAAACAAUACGCUAGGAACUACAUUUGUAAGGAGAUCGUUACUUGUAUUUUUAUGUUUUCAGCAGGACAAAUAAUUGAAUGAAGAAUGGAAAUUGUAACAUCUAGGGUAUUGACAUUUUUUCCAUAGGAAAAAAUUCACUCCUGCAAUAUUUUGGGGGUUCUCCAACCUGUGCUGUUUCAAAAACUUUGGAAAUUAUGUAGUGUCCCACAUAAACUAUCACUAUGAAUAGAAAAUUCAUGCCAUGCUUCAGGCAAAAGCAGGCAGCCUGAUGUCUUUUUUUCUUUUUGUUAUACUAGUAUUAAGAGGGCUACACAUCCAUGUAAGUUGCUUUUUUAUGUUAACUGUAAAGCAGUUUUCCAUUCAGCUUUCUGGAACCACAGAAAAUGCAAGAGUAAAUGUUCUCUCAAAAGGAACCACAUUUGAGGAGUUUAUGACAUUUUUAAGAACUGGAUUAUUUAUCCUGUUUUAUUGGAUAAGAAUAAUCAUGUUUGUUUUGUUUUAUUCUUCUAUAUAUACUGUUGACCUUAUGACUUAUGCAAUCUCUGUAAUUUCUUAUGUAGUAAAAUAAAAAUUACACAAACCAGUAUAAAAGUG